CCUUCGCAUCUGGAAAGCUCCGGCAAAACGAUCGUCGAUCAAAUUGGAUUUCUACCUGCGAUUAGCAUACAUUCCAUCACAGGUUAAUCAAUAUAAGUCCAAACACACCUGCACCAAAUACACAGCACCCAUAUUAUUACGUAAAUGCGUAUCUUCAACCAUUUUAAUUAGAAAACAACGCCAUCUACGCGCAAUCCAUUCGCACUGAAUGCAAGGCAAUAAUGAUUGUGCGCUCUUGCAUACACCAUAACAUAUAAAUUAAUGAUAACAUAAGUACAGCAUGACUAAGAUCGAGUAUCUGGAUGAUAUUAAGAUGUCUCGAAGGAGACCCAAAGAAUAUGACAAUGUGGACUACACCAAAUUGUCUGCCUGCGAUAAUGGCUUUGUGGAUGCACAGUUCGUGCUGCCUCCAGAGAAGAUCCCAUGGAAGGCUGUAGCCUAUGCAGCCAUCCUUCUGGUAACUGGAAUGGUGCUUCUGGUUUUGGGCAGUCUGGUGGUGAGCGGACACAUAGAUGUGAAAUACUCUGACAGGAUGUGGCCCAUGAUCAUCCUCGGCAUCCUCAUGUUCAUCCCAGGUGCUUACCACAUCAGGAUCGCCUACUAUGCAUAUAAAAAGGUGCCUGGAUACUCGUUCGAUGAUAUCCCAGAGUUUGAUUAAUAACCUUACAAUUUGCUGCCUUAUUAUUAUUACUGAAAACAUACACAAAUUGUUCCUUACGACUGAAGCUUCAUCAGUGCACCAUGCAACAGAUAGAGAGAGUCUUAACUAGUGCCAAAAGUGCUUUCUCGCAUAUUUAAAUACGUUUUUAUAACACAAGUAUUAUUAAUAAAUAGUUAAUUUAUGUACAA